UAGCUGCCAGAAAUGGAAAUGGCCACUGCGUUCUCCCACCGCAGUUCUUUUGCUUAUCUCAACUUCCAAAGCUUCAAUCUGGAUUCACGUCGACCGUUGAUCGUUUCCCCGUUUCAUCCCCACCGUCCUUGUCUCCCCAUCCGCCUCCGUUCCAGUUCUAAUGCGCCCAAGCCACGUUGCCUCUCCGCCGGCCCCGGCCCACCUUCCUCGCCUGAGCCCGACCCUCCUCGCCCCCCAGGGUUUGCAGGAAAGUUAUCUAGAUUUCAAGAUCGUGCGCAGAUCUUCCUUGCUGUUCUUUUUUGGAUGUCUCUGUUUUUCUGGGCUUCUGCAUGGGAUCGGAAUAAUUCUGGUAGACCAGACAAAGGAUCUCGAUUUAGAAGAUAACCUAUGAGUGAUGUGUCAUUAAGAGCUUGAAAAAGGUGUUUCUUUUUUCUUUUCUCUCUUUCUGGUUGUGGGGCAGAAAGGAGCCGAGGGUUGUUGAUGUGGGUGCAUUCUACUGGGUAAAACAUUUCCCAGUGAUAGUUACUCUUAUGUAGCUAUACCUAAUUGGAUAGCAUAAGAGCAAUUAGUUACAUGCUUAAACUUUUAGUUAUAAGACAUUGCCCUCUUUUAGAAA